GACCACCUGCCACGUUGUGCAGGACCUCCCGAGGAAGUCAGAGUCUGAGCCAGCAUGAAGGCUGAGUCUUGUCUUCGCUCUGAUUCAUAAACCAUGCUUUUGUCCCAAUCAUGUGCAGAGUGGAGGUCAUAGCAUGGAAACUGAAAUCUUACUUCCUGCUUGACAUAACUCACUUCAAGAAGUACACAAUGUCAGAACGUGGAAUUAAGUGGGCUUGUGAAUAUUGUACGUACGAAAACUGGCCAUCCGCGAUCAAGUGUACCAUGUGUCGUGCGCAGAGACCGAGCGGAACUAUCAUUACAGAAGACCCAUUUAAAAGCGGUUCGAGUGACGUUGGUCGAGAUUGGGACCCUUCUAGCACUGAAGGAGGAAGUAGUCCUUUGAUAUGCCCAGACUCUAGUGCGAGACCGAGGGUUAAGUCUUCGUACAGCAUGGAAAAUGCAAACAAAUGGUCGUGCCACAUGUGCACAUAUUUGAACUGGCCGAGGGCAAUCAGAUGUACCCAGUGCUUGUCCCAGCGUAGGACCAGGAGCCCCACAGAGUCUCCUCAAUCCUCAGGAUCUGGUUCAAGGCCAGUUGCGUUUUCUGUUGACCCUUGUGAGGAAUACAAUGACAGAAAUAAACCGAACACGAGGACCCAGCAUUGGACUUGUUCUAUUUGCACGUAUGAAAACUGGGCCAAGGCCAAAAAAUGCGUUGUUUGUGAUCAUCCCAGACCUAAUAACAUUGAAGCAAUAGAGUUGGCAGAGACUGAAGAGGCCUCUUCGAUCAUAAAUGAGCAAGACAGAGCUCGGUGGAGGGGGGGCUGCAGCGGCGGCAACAGCCAGAGAAGAUCGCCCCCCACGGCGAAACGAGACUCGGAGGUGAACAUGGAUUUUCAGAGGAUCGAGUUGGCCGGCGCUGCUGGCAGCAAGGAGGAACUUGAAGUGGACUUUAAAAAACUAAAGCAAAUUAAGAACAGGAUGAAAAAGACCGAUUGGCUCUUCCUCAAUGCUUGUGUGGGGGUUGUGGAAGGUGAUUUAGCUGCGAUAGAGGCGUACAAGUCGUCAGGAGGGGACAUCGCCCGGCAGCUCACUGCGGAUGAGGUGCGCUUGCUGAACCGCCCUUCGGCCUUUGACGUCGGCUACACCCUGGUGCACCUGGCCAUCCGCUUCCAGAGGCAGGACAUGCUGGCCAUCCUGCUCACCGAGGUGUCUCAGCAAGCAGCCAAGUGCAUCCCAGCCAUGGUGUGUCCGGAGCUGACGGAGCAGAUCCGGCGCGAGAUAGCGGCCUCUCUCCACCAGAGGAAGGGGGACUUCGCCUGCUACUUCCUCACUGACCUGGUCACGUUCACACUGCCGGCAGAUAUCGAAGACUUGCCUCCCACAGUCCAAGAAAAAUUAUUCGAUGAGGUACUUGACAGAGACGUUCAAAAAGAGUUAGAAGAAGAAUCUCCCAUUAUAAACUGGUCCUUGGAAUUGGCGACGCGCUUGGACAGUCGGCUCUACGCACUUUGGAACCGGACUGCCGGGGACUGCUUGCUUGACUCGGUGCUGCAGGCGACCUGGGGCAUUUACGACAAGGACUCGGUGCUUCGGAAAGCCCUGCACGACAGCCUGCACGACUGCUCGCACUGGUUUUACACACGCUGGAAAGACUGGGAGUCAUGGUACUCUCAGAGCUUUGGUUUACACUUUUCCUUGAGGGAAGAGCAGUGGCAAGAAGACUGGGCGUUUAUACUCUCUCUCGCUAGCCAGCCCGGGGCCAGCCUGGAACAGACGCACAUCUUUGUCCUUGCGCACAUCCUUCGGCGGCCGAUCAUAGUGUAUGGGGUCAAGUACUACAAAAGCUUCCGGGGAGAGACGUUAGGGUACACGCGGUUUCAAGGUGUGUAUUUGCCUUUGUUGUGGGAACAGAGUUUCUGCUGGAAAAGCCCGAUCGCUCUGGGUUACACGAGAGGCCACUUCUCUGCCUUGGUUGCCAUGGAGAACGAUGGCUACGGCAACCGAGGUGCUGGUGCUAACCUGAACACUGACGACGACGUCACCAUCACUUUCCUGCCUCUGGUGGACAGCGAAAGGAAGCUGCUUCACGUGCACUUUCUCUCCGCGCAGGAGCUGGGUAACGAGGAGCAGCAGGAGAAGCUGCUCCGGGAGUGGCUGGACUGCUGCGUGACGGAGGGCGGCGUGCUCGUCGCCAUGCAGAAGAGCUCUCGGCGGCGGAACCACCCCCUGGUCACACACAUGGUGGAGAAGUGGCUUGACCGCUACCGGCAGAUCCGGCCUUGUGCGUCCCUGUCUGAUGGGGAGGAAGACGAAGACGACGAAGAUGAAUGAGAAACACAAGCUGAAGACCAAGGUAUCAGUUCUGUAGUGACCCCAAAGUUAGUGCGGUGUUCCACGUGGUGCGCGUGGCAUGGAACCCGCGGCCCAGCCGGACCUGCUCGGAGGCAGCUGCUGACCCACGCCCAGUGGGGGCGGGGGCGGCGGCGGCGCGUCUGCCGGGCGGGACACCAAGAACUCCGUUUGGACUCGUCCGUAAAAACGAACCUCCCUAGGACCGCACUCUUCCUUCCAAACCGUAACUCUGUCUAUAAAUGUAGCGCAUGUGGUUGUGCAAGAAGUUGUGUAAUAGGAAAAGUCGUACCAGCAUCUUCACAUUAUGAGAAGUUUUUCCCAGCAUGGGCACCUCCAAAAGCACACGGCAGACGACUCUGUUCCUUCGAGACUUUUUUUUUUUAAGUAGAACCUGGCAUUCUACUUGCAUCUUAAAAGAUCCAUUUUACAUUAAGUCUCACUAGAGCUCCGUAGAGAUUUGGAAACUUUUUGUACAAAUUCUCCACAGGAAAACAUAAAAAUAAAAACAAGCUUAUUUUAUUAAUAAUUUAGUUCCUGUUGUGCCCAAUAAAAUCAAAUCUUUAAGGAACAAACUACAAGGAAAGUAAUUAAAUUUUUUAUUGAGUGAACUUUACAUAGAUACUGUUCCCUUGUUUUGGUUUUUUUUUUUUUUUUUUUAAAGUUUCUCGUGUGCCCCCUCUCAGUGCUUAGGUGUUCAUUUGUGUGGAAGAGCAGGCCCCCACCUGGCGCACGUUGGGGAGGCGCUCGUGCCGAGUGGGCGGUGCGGCGGCUGCGCGGCUCCCGCACCGCCGUGCAGAGGCCCCCGGGAGUCUUCCUGUUUCGUCGUCAGCCCCGCUUUAGGCAGGUGGUAUCAGAACGGCAUGCCUUUGCCUGGGCUCAGGGGAGCAUCUGUUCAGUGCAGAGUAAAGGUGUAAAGAUGCAGUAAGGUGGUAAGUGCAUUGUAUUAAUGAAUUUCUCAGUGAGUAUUCUGAGAAUGUUUGCAUGUUGGUUAAUUGUGGCCACUCUUAUUUAAAGUUUAAGAACUGUAAUCUUAGGUGGACAGACUUUGAGAAGUGUGGCUUGACCACUUCAGGUAUGCGUUCGGGACGGGCCCAGAGCUCGGACCCGUCCCAGGAGCGCGCAGACUCGGGGCCCCGACCAGCACUUGGCACGAGACUCGGCCCGGCAGAGUCUGCGGAGGAGCCCGCUUCUUCCCUCGGACGGAAAGGCCGUGAAAACUAAAGUAUCUGCUUCUCGUUUUCUUCCGAGUUCUGUGAGAUGAUGCUGCAGUGUUCACAACCCGAGUUCGGUUUCGGUUACUGACACCAGAAGACGGCCGGGAGGUGCCCCGUCUUCGGCUCCCCCUCCCGCCCCAAACGCCGCGCCGUGUUCACGGGGCGGCAGGGCCCCCGUGCUGCUCGCCGACACCUGCAGGAAGGAUGCUGGCAGUCCGACUCCACGGGGACGGGGACGGGGUCGGGCUUUUUGACACAUCGUCAUGUAAAUGUUACUGUUCCAAGUGGUUGGUAUUUUCUUACAAAUUGAUUUUCUGUGAUUUCCUUUCAUUGUGGUCCAUAAUUAAGGUUGUUUUGGUUUCUGAGCAGGCUGCCUUUCUGACUACCUAGUUGUGUAGCGUGCCUGUAAACCUUCCUCCACGUGCAGGCGCGGUUCUCCAGCGGGCAGAGCGCCCCCUGGCGUUGCUGUGUCAGCGGGAGCGGCCCGCCCAGUUGCAGGAGCCCGUGCUGUCUGAGGGGAAGCAUCUGGGCAGUUAGUCGGCCCCCCUGGGCUCGCGUGGAGCCGGCGCCGCCGGGGGCCCGGCCUGCUGAGCCUCGUUUUCCUCCAGGUGCCUCUAGUUAUUUAUUCGUGACCAGUGACCCUGACCACACCCAGGCCGACAGGUGCAGCCUCUUCCCUGUGGGAAAGGCUCUAGACCACCUGUAGGCUCAGCUCAACACAGGUGGGGCCUAAAUGGUUUUCACGGCGGGUUGGCUGCUGAAGGCCAGCAUUUUGGGUGAAUCUAUGCUGCGUUAAGCUCUUGAACUAUUAAACAGCCAUAUUUGUUGCCCCCAGACAGUGUGUGUGGUCCUUCCUAAAGGUGACAGUGGGAUCAGGCGACAGGCGUGUGCGUCUUGGGUCGACUGGACAGCAGUAGCUGUGUGGACCUAGUGCGACAGCUCUGUGCGGGGAGCCUUGGGGGUUGUGUGUCCUCAGGGGAGCACAGGGCCCCGUGGACCGGGCCCUGCCUCGUCGUCGACCCCUAGGCUCGCUGUGCCGCAGACUCCUGGUAGGGAGGACUGCGGCUCACAGGCCUCGGGGGUCUCCUCCCGCGCGCCUGCCACUCCCCGUGGGUUGCCUGUUGGACAGUGGUCAUCAAGAUGACGGUGAGCUUGCCCCGCUGCUCCCAGAGGGAGAGGUCAGUGGCCGUGUGCUCCGCUUCUAGCCUGGUGAGGUUGAUGCGGCGUGCUGUGUCACGGCCGAGUUGUGACGGGCGGGACCGCGGCCUGCAGAUGAGCCAGGCGGCUGGUGCCCUCAGGUGCCAGGACUUCCAACUUGAUGGCACGAGAAGGGUGGUGAGGGGGUCGGGGGAGGGCGGUGCGGGGACUGUCGGACUCGACACCUGCGGACACCACCAGGACAAAGGGGUUCAGCGCCAUCUCAUGAGAAAGAUCCACUGUGUCAACUUCAGAGUUACCAACAGAUGGAAGUGGCCGACGUUAAUCAUUUUUGCAACAUUUCUUUGUAAAUACUGUUUUAAAAAAUUUUGAGAUUCACUUUCCUGCAUUAAUGCUUGAGCCAGGUGAUUUUGCCUUUGGGUAAAUUAAAGUCAGAACUCUAAAACAUAA